CGGACAUUGAUUCUGUGCAGCGUGACAGACACAGCCACGAGGAGCAUGUGGUAGUGAGAUGGCAUGUCAGAAGGCGAGGCGCGAAUUGGAAGGUUAUCGUUCUGGACAAUUGAAUCACCAUGGCCCAGCAACAUCCACCGAAGACACCAGCAACGGGUAACGCUGGCUCGAAAAAGCGUAAAGAUCCGCCGACAAACGCCUCCAACCUCAAAAGCGACAAGAAACGACCUAAAAACGACCAUCGAGCCAAGCAACGAGAUGCCCGGACACUGUCAACCCAGACGUCUUCGAAGGCCUUCAAGAAUGGGCAGCUUGAUGUGGACAACUUUGUCAAGUCGCGCGAAUAUGAAAUUCGAGCUAUGGAGGAGGGAAUGUCCCGGAGCAAGCAAGCCCUGUCCAAACGAGCUUUCCAGCAAGUGCCCAAAGACUUGAGACGCCGCACUGCCAGUCACAAUGUCAAGCGUGUGCCCAAGAGGCUACAGCCACGAGCGAAGAGGGAGAUGGUCGAGGACAACACUCCAACAGUGACAUCAAGAAGGCGAAAGCCGACACGACACAUGCGUUUGCGCCUAGAGACGGUCAAGAAGCUUCGGGCGCUAGGUUCCAAACGGAAAGAGGCCAAAGAGAAGAGUGCUGAUAGCAAUAUCACUGUGCGACCUGUAGAACAGACCGUGCGACCUGAGACGAAAGUCGAUGCAGCUGUUAAAGCACGAACUCCCAGGAUCAAGAAGGCAAAACUUGCCGCGCCUCCUAAGCCGAAGGCCAAAUUUCGGAAACGUCAGAUAGACAAAACGUGGUUACCGACACACAUGUUCCAUGCAAAACGAGCUCGGAUGACCACACCAAAGGAACCGCUCUGGCGAUUUGCGAUUCCAUUGACGCCUACUGCGAAAAGCUAUCGUCCUACUCACAGAGCAGCAAGCGAGAAGGGCGCCAUCGCUUGGGAUAUGAGCUACAUGUCGACUAUAAGUCUCGAUGGUCAGCAAAGAAGCAUUGAAGGAAUGCUCAAAGCUCUCUGUUUCAGUCCCGUGUCGAGCAGCGACGAUCCAUGGGGGUCAAAAUGUGAGAGGUGGCGGAAUGGCAUCACAAUGAUGGAAGGCAUGAUCUUUGAGCGUGAAGCGCCGCACAAACCAAUUGCACCGACAGCCGCAAUUUGGUCUACAUUGUCCGCACCAAAGUUCUCUGGGCCAGAUGAGCUAGUCGCCAAACGCAAUCGCAAAUUAAUGUUGAGGAUGCAUCCAUCGGCUUUCCCGCAAGUGUGGGAAGAGUUGGUCAGGCUUGGAAAGGUAGCUAAGCCUCAAGUCAGCGUGGAAGACCUGCGAUAUGAGAUCGGAAGCAUCGAGGUCGCCGGCGCUGGCGCUACCGAAGCGUUGGUAGGCGCUCUGUGGCCUUCGACAGACUCCGCCACUUCGAUCGCUCAAAUUGCAAAAGUAUGGCCAGCCUUGGCUGGCUUGACGGACCCUUCGCUACUCCCGUCGAAUGUGAUCAUCGCUUGUGAUAUGCAGGACCCUCGCCUGCAUCACCCUCCACGAACUAUCAAGAUAUCACAGAACUCGGACGAGCAGCAACGACUCUCAGAGCUUGCGGCUGCUUGGCCACUGAAAUCUGAGCAUAUUUCGGCAAAUUUGUUCGACCGGCAUGCUCGGCGUAUCACCUCCUCUGCUCUCUCUAGUCAGAAGGCCAUCAACAGGCGCAAAUCUGCUGCGUUGCCUGGUCAGUUUCCGGACGCCAUCUCCACCGAUCCUAAAAUUCCGACCAUGGUCUACUCCACUUCCACUGGCAAAGGAAGCUGCGGCUCGUGGACUGUGCUACUCCCUUGGAAGUGUGUGCAGCCUUUGUGGUACAGUAUCUUGUAUUAUCCACUCUCAAGUGGUAGCCAGCCAAGAUUUGGUGGCCUCGCCGAGAAACGUCAACUUGCUUUCGAGGCCAACCAGGCUUGGUUUCCUGGUGACUAUCCGGGCACGAGCGCAGGCUGGGAGUGGGAAGUAGAGCAGCGUAAGAAGAGAAAAGAUGAGUGGGAGCGUCGGCCAAAAAGUAAGCGGGUCAACUGGGUCACUGUUGCUACUGGCAGCGCAAUCAAGGGCGAAAUUGGGAGUGGCUGGGCGUGUGACUGGGAACAGUUGCUCGGCGGCCCCAACACGGAGGCGCAUGCGGGUGGUGCUGCUGGCCAAGCUGCGAACGAAGACAUAACGAUGGUCAAUGGUAAUGCUGCUGAAGCCGCAGGACCUGCAAUGCCUGUACAAGUCACGGCACAGCCUCCAGUCACCUUUCUGCCCUCGUUGGAAGCUGAGAGGCUGUUUCAAACGAUCGCGGACAAUGAUUUGCCCCCGAAUUUGCGCAAUCCCGUUAUCAUCGUCAGUCUGUCUUGCCUGACUCGUGGCACACCACAGACAUGCGCGCGCAUAUAUCGCCUCCCUUCCACGACCACAUCUGCCCCUCUGCGCCGGAAAUGGUUGGACCUGCACCCACGGAACAAGAAUCAAAAAGGCCCAAAGAACAGUCUGCCACGACUCCCCAAGGAUGCGCCCCCUUAUCUCGUUCAGAGACGACUCGCACAAAGUCUGCUCGAGCCUGUUCGAGCUGGGGAGGACGACUACCCGACCUGUCCCGCAGAGGAAGAUCUGAUUGGAUAUGUGACAACGGGCAAUCUCAAUCUCAGCGAGGGAAGAGGAACGGGCAUCGGCAAUCUGUUGUUAAGCAGAGUGCUCAAUGAUGUCAGGCAGAAUCGAGAUGAUGGCAGACUGUGCAUUGUAAGGAAUGCCGGUCAAAGUGUUGGUCGACUCGCGAGAUGGACCCUCGCGUGAGAGAAACGCCAAAUUG